AUGAGAUCGAUCUUUGCCUCCCUGUUUGUUGCCUUGUGCCUGUUGGCCCGAACAUCGGCCUUUGUCACUCCAUCAUCGUCCACCACGGCGCUGUCAAGAAACACUGUUGGGACUGCAGCCGCAACUACAAGCACACAGUUGCACGAGAGACAAUGGAAUUUCAAUGAAGGACAGGGUCCCUUUGGAAUGAAGAAGAAUGCCGAAAUCUGGAAUGGAAGGGUAGCACAGAUGGCAUUUCUGGUCAUCUUUAUUCAAGAAUUGGUGCAAGGCAAGGGUGUCAUUCAAGGAUUCCAAGAAGGCGAUCCGGCCAACGUUGCUGGGUUUGCUGGAUUUUUCUUGACGAUUGCUGGAUUGACUGGAUUUUUGGCCCUCAAAGGAAAGAACGAUUAUGUGGAUGAGAAUCUCUAA